UCCACCCUACUGUGUCCUUGCUUCUUCCGUACCCAGGGACCAAAUAGAGUCAUGCAUGAAAAAUGCUCCUAAGCACUCCUCCUGCAGAAGAAAGAUAAUGAAGGCAUGCACUGCUGACUCCACAAGAAGCCUUUUUUACAGUUAAGAAUCAUCAGUGAGACUUUGCAAAGUAUUUCAGAGCCUACUGCUACCAGUCUCGUCAACCUGAAGUUCCCAAUGUACACAGAACCAAUUGCACAUGGGACCUGAUUAUCUGCUGGUGACUCAGAUGGGGCUCAUCACUCUGGGCCACCUCUGCCCCUUAGGUUGGAUGCAACACUUCAUUAUGGUCCCUCCAAAACAAAUCCAACUGCAAAGUAUUGGGAAAAAGAUGGAAAUCCUGUAUGAAUGCGGAAGCCAUUAGCAGAGUAAUUGCUGUCUGUUACCAUGACAACCAGCCGCUGCAGUCACCUGCCAGAAGUGCUGCCAGACUGCACCAGCUCAACUGUGCCCCUGGUGAAGACUGUGGAGGAUUGUGGCAGCCUAGUGAAUGGGCAGCCGCAGUAUGUCAUGCAAGUUUCGGCCAAGGACGGGCAGCUGCUGUCAACAGUAGUACGGACUCUUGCCACCCAGAGCCCCUUCAAUGACCGGCCGAUGUGCAGGAUCUGCCACGAGGGCAGCAGCCAAGAGGACUUGCUCUCUCCAUGUGAAUGUACGGGGACCUUGGGGACAAUUCAUCGGAGCUGCCUAGAGCACUGGCUGUCAUCCUCAAACACCAGCUACUGUGAACUCUGCCACUUCAGGUUUGCAGUCGAGCGCAAACCCAGGCCGUUAGUGGAGUGGCUCAGAAACCCAGGCCCUCAGCAUGAGAAGCGGACUCUGUUUGGAGACAUGGUGUGCUUCUUGUUCAUAACGCCCCUGGCCACCAUCUCGGGCUGGCUCUGCCUGCGGGGCGCCGUAGACCACCUGCACUUUAGCAGUCGGCUCGAGGCCGUCGGACUGAUUGCACUCACUGUCGCACUCUUCACUAUUUACCUCUUUUGGACACUAGUGUCGUUUAGGUACCACUGUCGAUUGUACAACGAAUGGCGUCGGACCAAUCAGAGGGUGAUUCUCCUCAUUCCAAAGUCUGUCAACAUACCUUCUAACCAGCAGUCCUUGCUGGGCCUCCAUUCUGUCAAGAGGAACUCAAAAGAGACAAUUGUCUGACAUCUGUGUGGUUGGUUGGUUGACUCGUUGUUUGGGUUUGGAAGUAUCUGCAUUGGGGCCAUGCCCUGAGAUACCCCCAAACCCUUCCCGAAGCCCGUGGGUCUAAGGACAUCCAGAGCCGUGUGAGCACAGCGCCCGGAGCAACGAACUCCGCCAGGAGAAAGCGAAUGCUGUUUCACUUCCAGUCAUGGAUGCUGCAGUCAUAUGAUAUUUACUAAGCUGCCAAACUUGUUUAUUUAGCAGAUACUGUAUGGAACUUUCCGAACACCUCUUUUAACCAAUGAGGAAGGCUGUCCUGCUGAGGAUGCAAUUCGAUUCUUCCUUUUUAUUAUUAUUUCAAAUAUAUAAACUUAUUAAACUUAGAUGAUAAUCAAAUUGAAAAGCCAAUGUUAAAACUG